AUGUUACCUCCAAUUGGUAUCGUUUAUGAAUUAGAUUUUAAUAUGAAUUUUGGCAUAGGUCAUCAAGUAGGAAAGAAUAUUAUACAUGCUCUUACUACUUCGAAUAGCGAAACAAUCAUUGGUUAUCGAGUUUGGCAAUUGUUUACAACAGAAGGCAGUAGAAUAGGUUAUGAAGAAUAUUUUAUGAAUGGUACCAUUUUUCAAUCAAGUAUGGAUCCACAUACGCAAAAAUGUGUUAGUUUUUUUUCACGCACUGCUGAUUGUACCGGUUGGUUAAAUACUGAAAUUCUACGAUGGGAUAAUCGGUGCAAGUUAUCUGGAGGUGAAGCAUCAUCGAAUUCUGUUGCAAAAAUGACUGUUUGGGUCGAUACUACUGAUUUGAAACGUCCAAUUAAGAUGAAUGUAUCAAUCAUAAAUGAUGGUUCUCCAGACGAAAUGCUACUUACGUUUCAAUUUACAUCAAAAACCGAAGGAAAAAUUCUUCCCAAUAUAAAAUGUGAUCCAUAA